UGAACGCAGCGAUUUCCAACUAACAAAAUUCAUUGAAGACCUUAAAGAUCCACUAUUUAGUACAUUUGUUUUUGAAAUUUCAACACAAAAUUUGAGAAUUGUUAAAAGUUAAAAAUAAAACUUAUGUAAUAAUUGUGUAAUUGGAUAAAAAAGAGGUGUAAUUUUUUGUUAAUUCUUUCCAAAAAAAAAAAAACGAAUAAAAGGACCAAGAUUAAUGGUCUUUUGAAAGUAGAACAAAUAACAUUAGUUUUUCUGCUCUUGGUGUCACGCAACUGAGAUACCAGAAUACAUCGUAGUUCAACAACAAUUAAAAUAUAACAAAUUUAUUUAAUUUAGUACAACUUAAUAAAACAUGUUAUAUUCUUUAAUGUUUUAUCUAACAAAUAUACCGCGUUUACAUCUAUGGGCCUAUGCCACCCUAGCAUACGUUAUAUAUUAUUUAUUACAAGUAGUUAAGCGUCCGAUUGUGGCCUGUGCAGAUGGACCAUUCAAAAAGUUUUUAUAUAAUAAUAUACCGACUUUAGAAAUGAAAUAUUGGCCAACAUUUUGGUGUUUUGAAAGUCGGGCUCAAACAGUAUUUGCCAGUAUUAUAAGAUCUCAAGUAUUGCCAAAAAUUAAUUACAGGAGGGAAAUAUUGGUACUACCCGAUGGCGGUGAAGUAGCUUUAGACUGGAUGGAGGACGGUUGUAGUAAGGACGGGCCUUGUGUUAUUCUAUUACCCGGUUUAACGGGUGAAUCUCAGGCCGAAUAUGUCAAAUGUUUAGUGGUUGCUGCCAAACAGUCGGGUUUACGUGUCGUUGUUUUCAAUAAUCGCGGUCUGGGAGGUAUUGAAUUGAAAACACCCCGUUUGUAUUGUGCCUCAAAUUGUGAAGACCUAUCGGAGGUGGUAAAACAUGUGGGAAAAAGCGUUCCCAAGGAUAGAUUAGGUGCAGCUGGUAUAUCAAUGGGCGGCCUUAUACUGGGCAAUUAUUUGGUGCGUAAAAGUGUGGAGGCACGUGCUUAUUUGGCUGCAGCUAAAAUUAUUUCAGCUCCCUGGGAUGUUCACAAAGGUACAGCCAGUAUUGAAAAGCCAAUUUUGAAUAACUUAUUGGGAAGACAUUUGACCAACAGCCUGUGCAAGACUUUGAAAAGUUGCGAAAUAUUUAAAGAUGCUGAUAUCGAUAUGGAUAAAAUUUUAACGUGUAAAACCAUAAAAGAAUUCGAUGCCUUAUUUACAUCAAAACAGUUUGGUUAUGCCCAUGUAGACGACUAUUAUUCCGAUGCUACACUUCACAAUAAACUACAUUAUAUUACUGUGCCAUUACUAUGCCUUAGUGCUGCUGAUGAUCCAUUCCAACCCCUCGAAGCCAUACCCAUUAAGCCAGCCGAAGAAAGUACACAUGUGGCCAUUGUUGUGACAGCACGCGGAGGUCAUAUUGGUUUCCUGCAGGGAUGGUGGCCAUCGUCGAAGGAAGAGUAUAUGGGACGCUUGUUUGUUGAAUAUUUUACAACUGUUUUGUGUGAUAAAAUGGAAGAAUUUAAAAAAAUAACCAACGAUAUGUUUGAAAAAUAUGAUGAACAAAAGUUUUUAUUUCCAACCAAAGAACUUGAAAAAAAGGUCGAUAUGAAAAUAACAUCGUCUUUCUUGAAUUCGGAGCAAUUAGAGGAGUUGUGUAAGGAAAUGUAGUUUCAAAAAAUACUUGAAACGUAAUUGUAAAAUGUGAUUUUUACAAGUUUAUUUUUUUUUUGCAUUUUCAAUUGCUAGAAAAACGAAAUAGAAUAAUUUUUAGUAGAAAAGGUUUUCUACUAUACAUAUGUACUCGUAUAUACAAAAUGUUACUUAAAUUAGGUUGUUAUAAGUACUAAUUCUAUGAUCAUUUUAAAUAAUUCCUUUAUUGUGAUAGACAAGAUCAAUCAAUAUGAACCUAUUUUA